UAGCGAAGCAGUACCCUGCAGACAACCCGAGAUCAAAUGUCAGAAUAACUGAGCGAGGCCGAGACUAACCGACGAUGCUUGAUUUGAGGACUUAAACCCGUGGAGGACAUAUAGUGGAAAAAACACUGGACGGUGGAAAGAUCCAGGAGCGACGUCAAUAAAUAACUUGCAGACCAUGAACUAUGUGGGUCAGCUGGCGGGUCAGGUGUUUGUGCAGGUCAAGGAGCUGUACAGAGGACUCAACCCUGCAACACUGUCUGGGUGUAUAGAUGUCAUCGUGGUGCGGCAGCCCGAUGGCUCCCUGCAGUGCUCCCCCUUCCACGUCCGCUUCGGCAAGAUGGGUGUGCUGCGGUCCCGUGAGAAACUGGUGGACAUAGAGAUUAAUGGAGAGCCAGUGAGUUUGCACAUGAAGCUGGGAGAGAAUGGAGAGGCCUUCUUUGUCAAAGAGACUGAGAACAAGCUGGAAGUAGUUCCUUCCUACCUUGCCACAUCACCCAUUUUAUCAACAGGGGAGGAGUUAAUGGAGUCCCAGCUGGGCAGGGCCAGUUCUCGCCACCAUGACACCAUGCCUUGCAACUCGCUUCCUGUCCAGGGCCUGGGACUGCAGCAAGGUGAUGGAGGGAUGACCAAGAAGAGGAGGAAAAGGAGGAGGAAGGCACGGCCUGAUGGAGGUGGAGGGAGGAGAGAGGAGAGCGGGGAAGAGUUCUCAGAGGACGAAGACAUGUUCACUAUUGACCUGAGCUCAGAUGAGGAAAAGGAGGGAGACAGAAACAGAUCAGUGUACAGAGAUCAGGGGUCUACAGCCAACAACUACACACGCCCCAGCGCUGACUGGACUCAUGCAGAGAGUAAUAUCAUGAAGGAGACUCUGUCCAUGCCUCCACCCUGUGGUCUGUCUAUGUCUUGUCCCCAGCGGAAUUCACAGUUCUCGUCCCUUCCUAGCCAUGACGAUUCGCGGUCAUCGACACCGAAGAGUGACUCAGAGCUGAGCAAUCAGUCUAAGGACAACCCGGAAAUGCUGUGGACCUGGGGGGAGCUGCCGCAGGCGGCCCAGCCAUCCUUCCUGACUUCCCACCAGAAGCAGGACUCUGACAGAGUUUCCAUCCCAGUGUCAACCAGCACCCACUUCAGAGCCAUCAGUGAUGCAGGACCUCCCUCCCUUACUCUCUAUAACCCCCCACCAGAGGACACUGCUGCUCAUGGCGGGGACAAAGACGCUAACGAACUAACCAUCAAACACGAGCAAGAGGUGGAAAGUGUUGGGCCACUGUGUGCAGAGAUGGAGGCUUUAACGGCCUGCUCAGUGUCUCCGAAGAUUCUCCUUGAUCACCUGGAGGAAGGCAGGAACAGAGGAAGUCCCGUCAGAAGGACGGAUUCCCCAUCAAAGAGGAAAGAAAAGAGAAGCCAACAUCUAGGUGCUGACGGCAUAUACUUGGAUGACAUUACGGAGCUGGACCCUGAAGUAGCUGCUCUCUACUUCCCUAAAAGUGACGGAGGCAGCAGCUCAAUGAAGGGGGACACGGAGAUGAUGAUGAUGGGCGUGAGGAGCGCUAAUCAGUCCCCACAGUCAGUGGGCAGCAGUGGGAUGGACAGCGGUGUGGACAGUUUGUCGGACCAAAUGGUUGACCUGCCUCACGUCGCCAUCUCUUUGUGCGGAGGGCUGACAGACAACAAGGAGAUAACAAGGGAGCAAUUCUUGGAGAGGGCAGUUUCCUUCCAGCAUUUCUCUGAAAACCCUUCCGUUAUUGAUGACCCUAACCUGGUGGUCAAGAUAGGAAGCAAGUACUACAACUGGAGCACAGCAGCUCCCGUCAUGUUGGCCAUGCAGGUCUACCAGAAACCCCUACCGCAGGCCUCGGUGGAGAACAUCAUGAAGGAGAAGAUGCCAAAGAAAGGAGGACGCUGGUGGUUCUCAUGGAGAAGCAGGAACAGUGACUCCAAGUCAGAAUCGGCGACAGAGGCAGGAGGAGACCGAGAAGAGAGCUCACUCACUAUGUCCUCAGUGAACAGGUUGAAGGAUGAAUCGUCCUCAAGUGACGAGGACCACACAUCAUCCAACCUGGUGUCGGGAUCCUAUCAGUCAGAGCCCCCCAUUAGUUCUGGCAGCGUCUGUUAUAAGAAGACUCUUCGGCUCACCUCAGAGCAACUGGCUAAUCUGCAGCUGAAGGAGGGUCCUAACGAUGUGGUGUUCAGCGUGACCACUCAGUAUCAAGGCACCUGUCGCUGUAAUGGCACAAUCUAUCUCUGGAACUGGGACGACAAGAUAGUGAUCUCCGAUAUAGAUGGAACCAUCACCAGGUCAGACACGCUGGGUCACAUCCUGCCCACACUGGGUAAAGACUGGACUCACCAGGGUAUUGCACAGCUCUACCACAGAGUCAGCCUGAAUGGAUAUAAAUUCAUGUACUGCUCAGCAAGGGCCAUCGGAAUGGCUGAUAUGACGCGAGGCUACCUGCACUGGGUCAAUGAGAGGGGAACCAUGCUGCCUAUGGGCCCAGUGCUGCUCAGCCCCAGCAGUCUUUUUUCUGCUUUGCACAGGGAGGUGAUUGAGAAGAAACCAGAGAAGUUUAAGAUCGAGUGUCUUACAGACAUCAAGAACCUCUUCUACCCAAACACUGAACCGUUUUAUGCUGCUUUUGGCAACAGAGCUACGGAUGUGUAUUCCUACAAGGAGGUGGGCGUCCCUCUGAACAGGAUAUUCACUGUCAAUCCUAAAGGGGAGGUGACACAGGAGCAGGCUAAAGCCAAUAUCUCCUCGUUUGGGCACCUGUGCGAGAUGGUGGACCACGUCUUCCCACUCCUGGUUCAAGACGAGGAGGCAGACUUCCACUGCUCUGACCCUUUUGGACAGAGCGACUACUCGAGCAAACCACUGUCUCGUGGCACCAGUCAGGAAGACGAAGACCCGCUGCCUCUUGAAACAAGCUGAGGAAACACCACCAAAGCUCAUUAUGGAAGUCUCUGCAUUACAGCUUUUCAGUGCGGCAUGACACCGUGAUGCAUGGUUUUGUCAAUUAAUCCAGCAGCCAACGUGAAGAUCUUCAUUAUUUUAGAAUGAAGCACAGUACACGGUAAUAGAAGGUGACUCAUAAGCUCAAAGACGAUACUCACGAUAAGUAACUGUAACUAUUGACUCACAGUAGAUGAAUGUUUUUCCAGCCUCCUACAUAAAUAGUGGAAUCAUUCAGUCAUGUGCUGUCCUGGAAGGUAAGAUUAAAAUAAAGCAAAAAUAAAAAAAAAUAGCUAACCUUAGAGUCCAUUAUAAAUACAUUUGCUGUGUGUUAAAACAUUUUUUUAAAAUAAAAAAAAUAAGGUAAAGUAACUGCUGUUUGGGAGUGAAACUAACUAAUAACUCUUCCUAACAAAGACUCAAAGCAGGGUCAAAGACUCACACAUCACACAUUUGAAAGGGCACUGACUCAUAAACACACACACAGUAAAACUUUACAGUAACUGUAACACCCCUUUAGGUUUUUUGACAUUUUCACAUUUCGCACUAAGACUGAACUUGUCCUGUAUUCACCAAAUAGUGAGAGAAGACUCUUGGCACAAGCUAAUGAUCUUUUCUGACCUCAAGAACAGUGGACACGUUGCACCAUAUACCCCACAUUACACUACAGUGAAACCAUCCAGGGCAUGCAAAAAAAAUAGCAGAGAGCCAGACGUGUUCUGGGUCCAACUCCAAUACAGGUUCAGCUACAUGUGCGUUGUCUUUUGACCGUGCUACUGUGACUAAGGCACAUUUUUACAGUGUUCAGUGAUUAUAUUCAAGACAAAUGCAAGACAAUGCAAUUCACUUCUGUUAUUUCUCUACUUUUACAAACAUGCAAACAAAUGAACUCCAGUGAUAUGCAAGAAUGCAAUAUGUAAAUCGUUAAUUUUUUCUAAGGACUCAUCAAUGCAACUAAUUUAUAAGCUCCCAUAGGACUAGUAGUCUUUUCAGUUUGGUAAUGUUGGCACUGCACUGUUAUCGUGUACAGCACUAACCUGUCCUGUGGUGACAGGUGGGUUUCUUUAAAGACAUAUUUCUACAUAUUCUUUUUUUUCCAUUUGUUUUCAGACGUUUGUGUUUUGAUCAAAUAACAUCUACCAUACCGCAUUAAUGAGAGAUUGAAGCCUGCGUUUCUACUUAAAACUUACAACAGGACAAACCACUGUAAAUUAAGUUUUUCUAAGCUCUUGAAUUUCUGUUGUAUUGUCAAACAUAUUGUGGUACUGGUGGUCAUUGUUACUGUUGUUUUAUUUUUAUUUUUUUCAACCCAACUGCCUCACGUUGCACUGAGAGGUGGAAUUUUCACCAUGUUACCACUGAAGCAAUAGAGGAACAUGCAGUAUUUUUAAGAAAAAGAUCAAUUGCCUCUUCUCUCAUUUCAUGAUAAAUCAUGAAUGAAGUCAUUUUCCUUUUUUCUGUACCUCUGGUUUAAUAUGGAUCAAGAUGGAAACAUUAUGAACUGCAGUAUUUUUUGCAACUUGAAGGAGGAGAAGAGCGACAUCAACUCACACAUUGCAAAACCUUCACUGUGCAUGUUGAAACUAAAUUAUUUAAAUCAACUGAUGACAAAAUCUGUACUUAAUUUGAUUCUAUUUUUAAAUUAUUUGCAGUUAAAGAGCCCUCCGACUGACUGUUAUACUGUCAUAUAGUGUUUCUAUACUGUUUCUGUGUGUACAUAGUGUGAAUGCUGUCUGAUGCCAUGCUGUGGAUGGCUUUGCGUAAAAGAGAACUUAACGGGAAUUAAUCUUUCUCUGAAUCUAAAAUUGCUGAUGUUAACAUGAAUCUGUGAAGUUAAGUUGCUCACGAAGAAAGAAAGCUUGCUGUUGUAAAGUUAAGAUGCAUGUUUAUGUGGAUAAAACGAUCACCGUCCUGUCGCCCGAUCGUUUAGGGAGGUACAUUGCUAAAUGCUAAAUGUAAGUGAUAUAAAAUGCAAAAAGAAACCCCAGAGAUUAGAUGGUUUGGUUUCCAUGCCCCAUGUAAUUUUAAUUUUAAGUCCAAAAUGUGUAGAAAGUCAUCUUGAUGAUGAUCAUCUAAUUCUUUCUGUGAAAGAUUUAAUAAAAUUAGACUAAAAAGCA